CCGUCGAAUUAUCAAUAAGAAACACGCCUGCUAGAACUGUAGCAACUACUAUUGGAAUUUUCUUGUUUAAGUUAAAGUCAGGUCUAUCAAAUAAGGUCCUGUCAACUUUGUUUGACGUUUCAAAAUCAAGCGUCAGAAGAGCCAUACAAACAUCCAGAAAAGUACUUAUGACCGACUUUGUGCCUUUUAAUCUUGGCUUUUCACACAUUUCACGCGAAGAUGUAAUAAAUAAACAUACGUGUAAUUUGGCACAACUUCUUUUCACGGAAAAUAAGGAACAAGUCAUCCUCGUUCUCGACGGAACCUACAUCUACAUUCAAAAAAGUGGAAACUUUCAAUUUCAACGGCAAACAUAUAGUAUGCACAAGGGAAGACCAUUAGUUAAACCCAUGGUUAUUGUAACAACAUCAGGAUAUUAUAUUUCCGUAAUCGGUCCAUAUUUGGCCAACAGCAAAAAUAACGACGCAUCAAUUCUGCAUCAUAUAAUUAAAAACAACAUCGAAGAAAUUAAAAACUGGGUCAAGGAAAACGACAUAUUUGUUGUCGACAGAGGCUUCCGUGAUGCCACCUCUCUGCUUGAAGAGCUCGGGAUCCACGCGCAGAUGCCGUCAUUUUUGCCGCGAGGAAGCAAACAAAUACCAACUGAUUUGGCAAACUCUUCACGGCUAGUUACAAAGGUAAGAUGGGUAGUUGAAGCGGCUAACGCUAGAAUCAAGCGGUGGAAGUAUUUGGACCACAUCUUGCCAACGAAUCAAGUGCCAUACAUAGGCGACUAUAUUAAAAUUAUUUGUAGUUUAUGUAACAAGUUUCUUCCACCUUUGAGUGCCAACUGUGAAUCGUCUGAAGAUUUUUUAUGUGCGGAAAGGAUGAUGGCCAAACUAAAAGAAGAAAAUAAAUUGCAAAAAUUUGUAGAAGAUAAUAACCUCCAUCGCCGUAGUAUCAGUAAAUGGUCGUCUGUUAACGAAUCUGUUUCCAACUUUCCUCAACUUGACGAAACAAUGCUUAAACUCCUGACGCUAGGCGCCUACCAGUUGAAGCUCUGUCCGUCUUACAUUCAAGAAUAUAUGGGCUCUGAAUGCACCAUCGAUGUGUUCAGAGAAACUUGUGAUCUCAUUCGUGUCCGUCUUCAAAGCCGUCAUAUUUCAUCAAAGACUUAUCAGGUCUGGAUUCAAUAUGACUCAGACCAUGUUAAAGCAUGGUAUUGUCAAUGCCGGGCAGGUGCGCGUACUGUUGGCACGUGUUCGCACGUUGCAUCUGUCAUUUGGUAUUUGUCUGGUUUAUCCGGGCCAAUAAAUGAUUGUGGCAUUCAGGACUGGGGCAAAUAUAUUGAUGACGCGUCUCAUGUGCCACAAACUGUGGACACUUCCGACUCCGAGUCAGAUGUCAGUACUGUUGAGGAGUAAAUAAGUCUUAAGUCUUUGGAAUAUUUUUGACGGAAUAUAUCGACGACUAAGGUCUUAUUUACUCCUCAAUAUGUCGGUAUUUUCUACUGGUAAAACUAUCUGAAUUAGCUAAAGGCGUAUCUCGACUUUUAACCUGUAAUUGUUUCAACAGUCGGACAUAUUGUAUUAAGCUUUUAUAUAUUAUGUAGCGAAAAGAUACGUAAUAGAAGUUUUAUGGUAAUAAAAAUGUUUAAACCUGGCAAAAUAUACAUUUUCACAAACAGAUCAGCCUUAAGUACGGAAUCCGGAUAGUGCCAGUCAUAAUAUCGAUCUUUCAUCAAGGGCGACACAUGACACACGAAGCGAUACCCGAUAUUUUGCGCGACAGUCGCGGCGACGCAGGGUAAUUUGCGCGACAGUCGCGGCGACGCAGGAUAAUUUGCGCGACAGUCGCGGCGUCGCACUAGAUAUUCAACGCGACAUAUAGCCUUAUGGGCUACCUACACAAGGGCGAUGUAUCGUGUUAAAUAUAUCGUGCGUCACCGCGACUGUCGCGCAUAAUAUGGUGCGUCGCCGCGAUUGUCGCGCAAAAAUUCGUGCGUCGCUUCGUGUGUCGCCCUUGAUGAAAGAAGGGCGAGAUUAUAGAUGGAACUAUCCGGAUUCCGUACUUAAUAGAUACAUAUGUGCGUGUCACUUAUAAGAUUUAUGUGAAACACCCGGUACAUUCGCUUUUAUAGUCCCUUGCCAGCUGUUGUUAAAAGCUUUCGGCUGAUAAAACACGUUAAUCUUUUUGGGAUGAUAGGAAUAUUUAAAUGUAAUAUUGUAUCAUUUUGUUACAUAACUAAAAUCCGUUGUCUGUGAAGUGAAAAGUAUACACUCAUAGAUGAGACAUUUGUACGUUAUUUGACGUAAUUAAGGUAUAUGCAGGACUGCUUGUGUCAGUAACAUUUUGAAACGUUGAUGCGUUUGUAACGCUGAAGACGUCAAUUCUUGUAUAAAAUACUGUUGUUUAUGAUAUUUAAUACCAUGAAGUGUUGUGCAUUAUAACAAAUUGUUAUCAUAUGCAGGACUGCUUAUGUCAGUAACAUUUUGAUACGUUGAUGCGUUUGUAACGCUGAAGACGUCAAAUCUUGUGUAAAAUACUGUAGUUUAUGAUAUGUAAUACCAUGAAGUGUUGUGCAUUAUUACAAAUUGUUAUCAUAUGCAGGACUGCUUAUGUCAGUAACAUUUUGAUACGUUGAUGCGUUUGUAACGCUGAAGACGUCAAAUCUUGUAUAAAAUACUGUUGUUUAUGAUAUGUAAUACCAUGAGGUAUUGUGCAUUAUAACAAAUUGUUAUCAUAUGCAAGUCUGCUUAUGUCAGUAACAUUUUGAUACGUUGAUGCGUUUGUAACGCUGAAGACGUCAAAUCUUGUAUAAAAUACUGUUGUUUAUGAUAUGUAAUACCACGAAGUAUUGUGAAUUAUAACAAAUUGUUAUCAUAAUGUAAUACUGGGUAACUGGUUUAUUAUUUUAAAUUGCCAACCGGAUGCUUGAUGUUAAGCUUGUAUUUAGUAUGUACAUUAUUUGUUUGCAUUCUAAUUAAAAAUCCGUUACCAUAGUAACAUCUUAAUCAUCAAAGAUUCAUUUUUUAUUGCAGUAAUUAAACAAUUGAAUAAUACAAUAAUUAAGAUAUAUUUUUAAGUUGUUCGGUUUAUGUUGUUUGCCGAUCGAUAUUUACUGUAAAAAGUGGCAUAUAUCAUAUACAUUUAAAUUGUUUCCAUGGAAACGGCAAUUGUAGUUUCAGAAAUUAUUAAUUAAAACUUACCUGCAUAUAUUCCGAUCAAUUGGGUAUGCAUUAGGCAAAGUAUGCUGUGCAUGUUAAAUUAUACUUUAUAUUCUUUGAUUUCUUUGACAAAAAAUGUAGAAAAAUGUCAAUGUCUUACUCGUUACCAUGAC